GAUGACCCCCCCCCAAAAAAAAAAAAAAAAACCCACUAAACCACCACCACCACAUCAUCAUCAUCACGACGCACAAAAGCAGCCUCGCUGCUCCCCUCACUUUCACUGCCAAAACCACUCAAAGAACAUCUCUAUUUAGAAGCAUAUAGGUAUAUCAUCUUUUCUUAGCCUCUCCUUCAGUCCUUCCUUCCUUAUUCGCUUAGCGAUGAGAGUUCCCGUUUCUUCAUCCCCACAGGCAUCCCUUAAACCCUCUCUCUCUAACAACAAUAACAACACAAACACCACCACCACCACCUCUACCUCCACUAACACAAACCUAAAUAUUUCUCUCCAGAGCCCUUCCCUUAUUAACCCUUCUUUGUGCUACGAACCCACAUCGGUUCUCGACCUCUGCCGGAGCCCUAGCCCUCCACGGGAUCACUCUGCCGUUAUUGAGUCCGUGUCCAAGCCGCCGGAGGACUCUGCCGAGGUGGACGAGCAUGCGUUUCACAGUCUGGAUUGGGAUUCCAUUAUGAAGGACUUGGAUUUACAUGACACUUCUUUGAAGAGUAUUCCUCAGCCAAAUCCAUGUGAGCCUCAGGUCCCCAUUCUUCCUGAGUUCCCUCCUUCACAUGACCCCGCACUGUUCGAUCACGCUUCUGCGGAUUUCAACCUCUCUGAUAUUUACUCCAAUCAAAAUCUGGGAUACAGUGUCAACGGUUUGGAUCAUUUGGUUUACGAGUUCAACCCUAACAGCAAUUGGAGUAGCAACGGUUUUGAUUUGAUUGACUUGCUUAUCCGUGCAGCGGAUUGCUUUGAUUCGAACCAGCUGCAUCUCGCCCAGGCUAUACUGGACAGGCUUAAUCAGAGGCUACGAUCUCCCGUCGGAAAGCCUCUCCAGAGAGCUGCGUUUUAUUUCAAAGAAGCCCUCCAAUCUCUUCUCUCCGGGUCGAACCAUACUCCUCGCGUUUCUUCACUGUUGGAAAUCGUGCAGAGCAUCAAAACCUUCAAGGCGUUUUCUGGUAUCUCUCCAAUACCCAUGUUCUCCAUCUUCACCACCAACCAAGCACUCCUCGAAGCUCUUCAUGGAUCUUCCUUUGUGCACGUCAUCGAUUUCGACAUCGGCCUCGGAAUUCAGUACGCUUCGCUGAUGAAGGAGAUCGCGGAGAAGGCUGAAUCGUGUAAAAUCAACUUGCCACUACUCCGAAUCACAGCCUUGGUGCCGGAAGAAUACGCCGCCGAGUGCAAGUUGAUACGAGAGAACCUGAACCAGUUCGCUCUUGAGCUCAGGAUCCGAGUCCAAGUCGAGUUUGUGCCUCUGCGCACCUUCGAGACGAUGUCGUUCAAGGCUGUCAAGUUCAUGGACGGAGAGAAGUCGGCUGUUCUAUUAUCUCCUUCCAUAUUCCGCCGUCUCGGUUCGACCAACAACAUGGCUGCGUUUUUGUCCGACGUUCGAAGGAUUUCCCCGAGUGUGGUGGUAUUUGUAGAUGGUGAAGGGUGGACGGAGGCGUCCGCAACGACGUCGUUCCGUCGGGGGGUGGUGAACAGCUUGGAGUUCUACUCAAUGAUGCUGGAGUCGUUGGAUGCGUCAACCGCAGUGGGGGGAGGAGGCGACUGGGUUAAAAGAAUCGAGUUGCUUCUGCUGCGUCCGCAGAUCAUGGCGGCGGUGGAAGGAGCCGGAAGGAUGGUGUCGCCAUGGAGGGAGGUGUUUUACGGGGCCGGAAUGAGGCCGGUGCAGUUGAGCCAGUUUGCUGAUUUCCAAGCCGAGUGCUUGCUGGCCAAAGUUCAGAUUCGAGGGUUCCAGGUGGCGAAACGACAUGCCGAGCUGGUUCUCUGCUGGCACGAGCGGGCCAUGGUUGCCACGUCAGCAUGGCGAUGUUAGGACAACGUAACUCUGAGAACAACACAAGGUUAUAAUUAAUGGCAGUAGCCUGAUCAAGUAUCAGUUAAUAAUUAGUUUAUGGAAAAUCAAAGGUGGGGGGUGAAUAAUGUUUAGGUGGUUAUUAAAACGAGCCUUGAAAAGUACAUAAACAUAUAUAACUUGUAUUUAGUCAUCAGCCAUUUUCUGUUCCUUUCUCUCUCUCUCUCUCUCUCUCUCUGUUUUUUUUUUUUUGCCUCUCCUUGGGAUGGUAGAAAACGGGUGGAGUCUUUGGUUAGGGAUGAGCUAAAACAAAAAUCCGUUGUUGCAUGGCAUAUAUGACUCGCUAGUUCUUGGUGCGUUACCUAGUCUAAUGAAGCGUACGCGAUCAACUUUGGUUGCUGGUUUACCAAUUGAGAUUGCUUGUAUGUGUUUUAGAAAUGUUCCAAUGAAACUGAGUAGAAAAGCAAAGCUUAUGAAUAAAAGCAUAUUCAGUACGUAAGGAAA